AUGGCAAAUGCUUUGAAUAUUAUUUCUAUUGAUCUUUUUGACAACAUCCGCAUAGUUUCAUAUGAUCUAAGUUUUCACCAAAAAGGUGCGAAUAAUCAACCAAUAGUUGAUAUCUGCCUCAAACCCAUAUUGACAAAGACAGUUUUAAAAGCUAUUAACGUGUUUGACAAGCGGGCUGACCAGCCCAAAACUCACCAAAUGUCUAAAACAAAAUCACUGCUGUUGGUGAGCUGUGGGCUGAUCAGCUCGGUUCCGGAGCCCGCACAGACACAAACAUCAGAGAGCAAGAUUAUUAUCGUAUUUCACUCCCUUUCUCCACACUCUAUCUUGCAUUUUCGCAAUAUCAAUCCCAGACAUUGGCAAUUGGCACGGAGAAUGGAUUCUGUCCAGCUGAGCUGUGGCUGGACGCCAAGGGGCAGGCGAACAUCCAACGUCGACUGUCUGGUCAUUAACCACCAACAAUCUGAUAUGGCAUCCCACCAAACAACAUCCCGAAACCAUGAGGCAUGGCUUAGUGCCAAAGGCUCCUACAGGGAGCUCAUCGAAUCCCUCUCAGCGUCCGACCCACGCCUCAAGCACCGGGAUCCGAAGGCCUUGAUCCAGAAAACUCCCUGGCCGUCUAAGCGUACACGCAUCGAGCACCUGCAACUCCAAGCAGACCAGAGAAUCUUUACCAUAGGGGAGUGGGAUGACGUGACGGAAUUCCGCAAAUAUCUGGAAACAGGCCUUGCCCCAAAUCAACGCAACAUACUCCUCAUUGAAGGUCUUAGCCCUGAUCUUAUUGAAACGAUAGGAUUAAACUACGCCAUCCAUCCCUCUUUUUUUGUCGAUCAUGAACGUGUGGAAGUAUUCAGUACUCACCCCAACAAAUCCGCCGAUUCACGUCGUCUACCUUCUUGCGUUAAGUGGAACACUAGCACUAAAGGGUUAACUCUUAAGUACUUCGAGGUUUUGGAUAUUUUUCCCCAUCCACCAUCUUUCAGCCUAUCCUGUGCAGAUGUUGGACGGCAUGAGGAAAUGCUCAAUUUGGCAAGUGGAACAUCCAGGCGGAGGCUGGACGUGUCAGUACACACAGGUAUAAUUGUAUGCGACCCUCCAUUAAGGGAGCUACGUGCAUCGAGAUACACAUCCCAUUCAAGGUACUACCAUGACAUACCUGUUCAGGCUGCAGCCUACCAGGGUGGAUACGUCGACUUCAUGCCUCAAGACAUCCAGACGGUAACAAAGAAGGGGCCACCGCGUCAUUCGAUGCUUGAUGAUAUACGCCACUACCUCAUAGCGCACACAUCAGCACUACCUAGUCUUGAUGAUGCAGGCUGUGCAGCCGUCUUCGUAGAGAAAAUCGUCGCAAGCCAUUACCUCGUUCUUUCUUCUUUCAUGUCUUCGGCACUCUCCCUCCAACAGUGGGAUUUAUCCCGGCAAGAAGACCUGGCCAACUUUGACAUCAGCAUCGUCGAACAACAAUGGAGUGAUAUCCAAUCCUGGGAGCGGCGCUUAAACGAAUACGUUAGCGACAUCGAGGACAUCAUGUUGAAACUCGGCAUUCGAUUCCAGGAACCCGAUUCUACUCAAGUCCAACCCUCAACAUGGUCUGAUACCUCCACCGACUUUCAAUUUCUCCGCAUGCAAUUCCAGACCUUACUCCACCGCACUGAACAAAUCAACUCCGCAACAUCCGGUUUAGCAAGCAUCGCAGGAAACAGACAAGCGCAUCAAGAACAGCAACUCUCUUUGCGAGAAGCCAUGAAUGAGCGGUAUAUGCCUGGAGCGAGACACUUCUGGAUUUACUUCUCGGUAUCUGCACCACUUAUUGGGGCUGUUGUCUUCGGAUAUUUCUUCCUAGAUAGGUUAUAUGAGAACUUUGCGGGCGGGAGAUCGAAGAAAGGAAUAUUUAGUGGAGGAUUGGAUAUAGCAAUACGUAAGUUAGGCAGUGGGAAGAAAUUCAUCUUUAUCUUCGAACGAAUUUCACAACCAUCGCAGAUUACUCCCUCUCUUCCAACCAUCCGCUCCUUCAUUUGCACCUCUCAACAUUUGUUUGACACGACUAUUUGCACCCAGGUAUUACACACUAACUUCCAACGUCAAUAACCUGUCAAUCGAUCUUGG